GUGUAAGAUCAGAUUUUGAAAGUGCAAUAUCAUUGUCUGGAUAAUUAUGGAUACAACCCACACUCUCUCUCUCUCUCGUAAGAUUCUGAGCUGGAAAUGGAAAGUUUCCAGUGACGUUUGAGGUCUCUUUUUUCUUUCUUCUCUUUGAAGUCUCCUUGAAAAUCUGUAUGGCUUCUUCAACCCCACCUCACUGCUCUCUCACUUCAUCCAAACCCUACCAAAACCACCACAUCGUCCAAAACCCUCCUCACAACCACCAUCAAAACCAUCGUUGGAGCUUCCACAAGGUCUAUGUCGCCUCCUCCUCUUCUCCCUCUCCCCGAAAUGCAGCAAAACCAGGUAACCCUAGUUUCCCAUCCCUCUCUACUCUUCCUCCUUCCACUGAACUUGGCCCCGACUUCCGUGGCCGGCGCUCUACCCGUUUUGUUUCUAAGAUGCACUUUGGCCGCCCCAAGACCGCUAUGGGUAGCCGACAUACCUCUGUUGCCGAGGAAGCUCUGCAACAAGCUAUCCACUUUGCUGGUAAUGAUAAGGCGUUUGAAUCUGUUCUCCUGAGCUUUGAAUCCAAGCUAUCUGGUUCGGAAGAUUACGGCUUUUUGCUUCGGGAGCUAGGCAAUCGUGGGGAGUGCUCCAUGGCUAUUCGAUGCUUCGAGUUCGCAGUCCGGAGAGAGCGGAAACGGUACGAACAGGGUAAACUGGCGAGUGCCAUGAUUAGUACUCUUGGUAGGUUGGGGCGGGUUGAUCUUGCCAAGAGAGUGUUUGAGACGGCCAACGUUGAGGGCUAUGGUAAUACUGUUUAUGCAUAUUCGGCUUUGAUUAGUGCGUAUGGCCGAAGUGGGUUUUGCGAGGAAGCCAUUAAUGUGUUUGAGUCGAUGAAGGAAUCUGGUCUGAAGCCUAACUUGGUCACCUACAAUGCUCUGAUUGAUGCUUGUGGGAAAGGAGGUGUAGAUUUUUAUCAGACGGUGAAAAUAUUCGAUGAGAUGGUGGCCAUCGGGGUUCAACCCGACCGGAUCACCUUUAAUUCCCUUCUUGCUGUUUGUAGUCGAGGUGGGUUGUGGCAGGAGGCAAUGAACAUGUUCAGUGAUAUGGCUUUUAGGGGCAUUGAUCGGGAUAUUUUCACAUAUAAUACGCUUUUGGAUGCAGUUUGUAAAGGUGGGCAGAUGGAUUUGGCUUAUGAGAUAUUGUCAGAAAUUUCCAAGAAGAAUGUCGUGCCUAAUGUGGUGACUUACAGCACUUUGAUUGAUGGGUAUGCCAAGUCUGGAAGAUUAGAUGAAGCACUGAAUUUAUUUAAUGAGAUGAAACACCUUGGCAUUGGGUUGGAUCGAGUUUCAUAUAACACACUGCUUUCCAUUUAUGCAAAGCUUGGUAGGUUUGAGGAAGCUUUGUCUGUGUGCAAGGAGAUGCAAAUGUCGGGGAUUAAGAAAGAUGCUGUUACUUACAAUGCACUUCUGGGUGGAUAUGGGAAACAAGGGAAGUACGAAGAACUUAAAAAAUUGUUUGAAGAGAUGAAGGCAGAACGCAUUUCUCCUAACGUUUUGACUUACUCUACAUUGAUUGAUGCAUACUCCAAAGGUGGUCUAUAUAAAGAGGCAAUGGAAUUUUUCAGAGAGUUUAAGCAGGCAGGCUUGAAGGCAGAUGUUGUUUUGUACAGUGCAUUGAUUGAUGCCUUGUGUAAGAAUGGAUUGGUGAAGUCGGCCAUGUCCCUGCUUGAGGAGAUGACGAGAGAAGGGAUUUGGCCUAAUGUCGUUACUUACAAUUCAAUAAUUGAUGCCUUUGGUAGGUCAGCAACUGCAAAGUUUGAGGAGGAUGCAACUGAUGGAAUGAAUGAAACAAAGGCUAAAUCUUUAAUUUAUCCAGAUAUUGAGGGUAAUACUGAAAUCAUGGGAGAACAUAUAGUGGAGGAUAACCAGGUUCUGAAAUUUUUUGGGCAUUUAGUAGCUGAAAAAGUGCAUCCUUCCAAGGAAGAUUCAAAUCGAAAGUCUCAGGAGAUCUUAUGUAUCUUGGGUCUUCUUCAUAAGAUGCAUGAACUAGAUAUAAAACCAAAUGUUGUCACCUUUUCUGCCAUCCUAAAUGCUUGCAGCCGUUGCAAUUCUUUUGAAGACGCUUCAAUUUUGUUAGAAGAAUUACGGUUGUUCGAUAACCAAGUAUAUGGUGUUGCACAUGGGCUUCUCAUGGGUUGUCGGGAUAAAAUAUGGGUUCAAGCUCAAUCUCUCUUUGACGAAGUGAAGCGCAUGGACUCCUCUACAGCAUCUGCCUUUUAUAAUGCUCUAACUGACAUGCUGUGGCACUUUGGUCAGAAACAAGGGGCCCAGUUGGUUGUGCUCGAAGGGAAACGCCGCCAUGUAUGGGAGAAUGCGUGGUGUGACUCAUGCUUGGAUUUGCAUCUGAUGUCUUCUGGUGCUGCUCAAGCAAUGCUUCAUGCCUGGCUGCUUAAUAUACGUUCUAUCGUUUUUGAAGGUCAUGAGUUGCCAAAGUUAGUAAGCAUUUUGACAGGGUGGGGGAAACACAGCAAAGUAGCUGGUGAUGGCACUCUCAGAGGUGCUAUUGGGGCACUUCUUAGAGGCAUUGGUGCUCCUUUCCAUGUGGCCAAGUGCAAUAUCGGGCGGUUUAUAUCAACAGGAGCUGUUGUAGCUGCAUGGUUAAGGGAAUCUGGGACUCUUAAGGUCCUGAUUCUUCAUGAUGACAGAACAAACCUGGAAAAGACUAGGUUAAAUCAACUCUCUGACUUGCAAAUACUUCCUUUGUAAUUAGCAAAUUCUUCCUUUGUAAUUAUUUGAAGCUAUUUGCCCUAGCUUUUGUAGGUUCUCAAUGUGUUAUCUGUAAUUUAAUGAAACCUUGGCAAAAUUGUGAUUGCAAGUCAGGGUUGAAAUUGUUAAUGGUUUCAACCAAUAUUUGUUUCAAAUCCUGUGGAAGAAGUGAAAUCUUCGCAUCA